CCGCCCUGUACUAUUUGGCUAGUCAUGUCGGAUGAGGUAGCUGUUGUCUGUCCCUUGUCCGUUUUGAGAUUAAAAUAAUAAUAACAUGUCCGUGUCUGACGACAGCGUGUCGUGUCCGAAUGAAAACAGUGUCCCUGUUCAUUCAGAUUCGGCCUCUGUCUCAGAAUCAGUGCUAACAAAUACUCAUGUCCAUAGUUGUCAUGUUGAAGAAGAAAUCCAGAAUGACAGUGAGCUUCUUAAAGGUCUCCUGACAGACACCUUUUGUCAGGUGUGUGAUGCGGUGUUGAUGUUUGAGUCUCAGAGGGUCUCUCACUAUGAGGGUAAGAAGCAUGCACAGAGAGUUCGAAUCUACCUUCAGACAAAGAAAGCUGAAAGGAACAAGCUGAGCCAUGAGAGCAGCAGCUUUCAGAGUGUUAACACAGAUCCGGAGAAGUUCUGCGAGCUGUGCAACAUGGUGUUUAGCUCGCCCGUGGUCGCCAAAUCUCACUACGAGGGAAAGGUUCAUGCCAAGAACACGAGGAAGUCCGGCGCCACAGCCUCUGGAGAUGCCAGGACCUCUGCAAGUUCAGCGGCUCCUCCUGUUACCUCCUUGGAGGACACAGUGGAAGUGAGCGCUCAGAGUGACGUGGGUCAGGAGCUGAAGGAAUGCACAGUUUCUGCUCCCCAGGGGGUCGACCUGAGUGACCCAGACAGAUACUGCAAGCUGUGCACGGCUUUGUUUAACAACCCAACGAUGGCCACCGAACACUACAGUGGACGCAAGCACCAGCGCAACCUGGCUCACCAGGAGCCGCAAACAAACUCCCAGACAUGUCUACUCUGCAACCUGACCUUCAACUCCAUAGACACGUACCAAGCUCACAUGAAGGCCAAUAAACACGACAUUAAAGAAAAGAAGCAGCAAGGAGAUGUCGGCAAGAAGAAGGUGUACGGCUCGUUCCAGGACGAGCUGGCAGACUACAUCCAGGUUCAGAGGUCCCGGGGACUGGAACCCAAAAUGGGGCAGGGAUCUGAACCUCAGGUCAAAGAGAGCGAAGCAGACGAGAGUGCAGAGUGUCCUGACCAGCCCCAGGUUCUGUCUCUCCAACCUCGUUUUCCUGCUCCGGCUUUCCGAACGCAGCCCUGGCGCCCAUCGUUUCCUCCCCACCCCGGUCUCGCGACUUUCAGAGGGAGAUUGCCGGUGCCGAACCAAUGGGAUCAAGGUUACUCAUCCUACCCUCCUCCACUCAUCCCCGGGCUAACCGGAAAAGCACUGCGUAGAGGGAGGAGCCAGGAAUCGCUCAGCUCUUCAUCUUCGCUCUCAGACUCCUCGUCUUCGUACAGUAGCACAAGCAGCAACAGCAGCGAGGACAGGAGAGACAGGCGGAGGAAAAAGAGACGAGAGGGAAUGAAGAAGAGAAGAGAGGAUGCGGACAACCCCGAAGAGGAUUUGCGGAGAAGAAGGAAGAAGAGGAGAAGGAAGGAGGACGGAGGCACGAAGAAACCAAAAACACAAAGAGAAAGCUCCGACGAAGAUCACGGAAAAAGAGGGAAGGAGAAAAGGCUUAAAGGAGUCGCAAAGAAGAGACGGAGCGAAGAGGACGAAGGAGAGUGGAACAAAUCGAAAGGAGACAGAGAAGGACUUAAAGAAGAAAAAGCAAAGCACAGAAAAGAGAAAAAGAAAGCGAAGGACACAGAGGACAACAGGACGGAAGAGGAAAAGCUCUGGGAUGAAACCAUUUUGGGGAGUUUCUGAUUGACACACGCUUAUUCAGCCUACAUAAGCAGGCGUUAAAGAUUCAGGUGAAGUGACUAAUUCACAUUUAGGAUUUUUAUAUAUAUAUAUAUAUAUAUAUAUAUAUAUAUAUAUAUAUAUAUA